UACAUGAUUUUUAAUGAUUUAUUAAGGGGUCGUAGUCUGGAUCAGACAAGCUAUGAUUGGGUGUUGACUGCUUAAUGUGGGAUGUUUGUACCCUACAAGUGUAUUUAAAAGAAGGUUUAAAGGUUAGCUGAGCUAAUAGACACAGACUAAGUUCAGAAGAUCAUCUCUGAAGAGCGGGGCAGCAGGUUUUGCACAAAAACUAAAAGACAACACUAAAAAUGAGUCGGGUAAAAAUGAUAAUUAAGAGGAUGAAGGUGAAAAAUGAACUGGUGCGACAGAUUAUGGGAGAGGUCUUAGGCACCUUUGUACUUCUGCUGUUUGGUUGUGCUGCAGCAGCUCAGGUGAAAACCAGCAGAGAAACUAAGGGGCAGUUUCUGUCUGCUAACAUGGCUUUCUCUGUAGGCGUCAUGUCUGCCAUGUACCUCAGCAGGGCAGUAUCAGGAGCUCAUCUAAACCCAGCUGUAUCUCUGAGUUUCUGUGUCUUGGGAGACCUAGCCUGGAUAAAGCUGCUACCCUAUUCUCUGGCUCAAAUACUGGGGGCUUACCUCGCCUCUGGGCUUGUCUAUCUCAUCUACCAUGAUGCGAUUAUGGAGUUCAGUGGUGGAGUUCUGACUGUAUUUGGUCCUAAUGAAACAGCCAGUAUCUUUGCCACUUACCCAACUGAUGUGGUGUCAAUGCAGACCAGCUUCCUCGAUCAGGUGGUCGGCACAGCCAUGCUAAUGUUGUGCAUUCUACCUCUGAAUGAUAAGAGAAAUGCUCCUGCUCCUGAAGCACUGCUCCCUCCAAUUGUAGCAACUGUUGUCCUAGGGAUUUCCAUGUCAAUGUCGGCUAACUGUGGAGCUGCCAUAAACCCUGCCCGUGACCUUGGUCCACGACUCUUCACCUUCACAGCAGGCUGGGGCAUCGAAGUCUUCACGUGUUAUGAUUACUUCUUCUGGAUUCCAUUAGUGGCUCCUAUGGUGGGGGGCGUGCUGGGGUCCAUCAUUUAUCUGGUCUUCAUUCAGUGGCAUCUGCCUGAGCUUGAGGAUGAAUCUGAGUCUGAGGAGUUUAAUGAACAAACAAAGGUCACGGAGCUCAACAACAAAAAGGACGAGUUUUUCCAUAAAAUGUCUUCACUUUAAAGACAUGGGGACCGCUGAAUCUAGCUCAUGGCAUUUCCAGAUCCUGUUUCCUCUCUUCUCCACAUUAUUUCCAGAUACUGUAACAAAAAAAUUGGGAAAAGGCCAAAAAAAA